AUGAAAAUACUAAUCUUACUCGUUUCUCUGUUUAUUCUCAAUUAGGCUUAAAUUUUGUCUCAAUAAUAGAAUAAAGAAAACUAACUUAUCAUAAGUUUAGAAAACUUAGAAAAUGAGGCUGUCAUAAAUUUCUAAAAUUAGAAUGUAAAUAUUAGUUUUAUCUUAGAGUUAAUUUGUCGAUCAAGUAUUCUGUCAGAGAAGUAAAUGUGAAUGCAUAUUUACAUAAACCAAUAUUUCAGAGGAAUAAAUUGAAAUUUUGGAAUGCAAUGAGAACAAAUUAAUAAUUCAAAGAAACAAUUCAGAACUUAUAGCUAGUUUGGGUUCAUCUUCAUAAAGAAGGAUGUUAGAAGCAUACUCAGAUAGUGAUAUGACUGAUUCAAAAACAAUAGAUUCAAGAUUAACAAUCAAAUGGAAAUUCAACAGUGAUGGUACUAUAGAAUUUGCAACAAUUUGGAAUAAGAAGACCUGGUUAGGAAUAGGAUUUGGAUCAAGUGUAAGAUUACUCUCUAGAUUUUAUAGAUGACUAACGUUGAUAUGAUCACCCUUAAUAUAUCUGGAAGCACAGUUGAAUUGUUAGACUUAUAUUCAACAUCUGCAAACACUCCUCCAACAGACUCUCAAUAAGACUAUAUAUUAAUUUCGUAUGAAGUAGGAACUGCUUCAGUUAAAGCAAGAUUCAAGAGAAAACUCUCUACCGGAGACUCAAAAGAUAAAACCCUUACAAAAGGAAGUUCAUACAAUUGGUGUUAUGCUUAUUCAAGUGCUUUAGGUAUUCUUAUUAAUCUUAUCACUUAGUAAUGGAAAGACAUACUGUUAAUUUAGGAUUUUCAAUCACUCUUAGUGAUAGUGGAACUACAUCUACUGGAUCAACAGGAAGUGGUUCUACAUCAACAGGUAGCGGUUCUACAUCUACAGGAAGUGGUUCUACAUCUACAGGAAGUGGUUCAUCUGACACUACAUCUGGUUCUAAUGAUUCCGAUAGUGAGAAUGAUAAUGAAAAUUCAGAAAAUGAAGAUUCCGACUCCGAUUCUGAUUCAGAUUCAGAUACCACAAUUACAUCUAGGACUUCAUUCCAAAUCUAAUUAGGCAUACUUUGCAUGAUUUAAAUAAUGUUAUUUUGA